AUGCAAAGUGUCACACCUCCACCAACUCAGCAAGGGAAACCUGAUCCAACAAAUUCUGACAUGAUGAUGAAACGAUUUCAAGAGGAUAUGGUUGGCAUUCUUGAUGGAAGAAGUCGUGCACAUUUUGAUGAUUUAGCUAACUAUUUCCAUUCAAAAAUUCGAAUAUGUACUUGUUUUGAGCCUGGCCGAAGCUUAUCCGUUCCAGAGUUUCAACAUGUAUUGACAUUUAUCUCUGGUUACUAUCAACAUUUAACUGAAGUUAGAUCGGACAGAUGGACAGAUCAUCCAAACUAUAUAAAUGGAAUUUUUACGUAUACAGCAAUGGGUUCAGACAGGAAAAACUCAGAUGGGAAGUGGACCUACGAAGCUUCAAUGGAUUGGAAUCAGAAUAAAUUUUUGAUUGAAUACAUUUGGUUUCCUUACAAUUGUUCUGUAUUUCCUGUAAAAGAUCCAUCAGAGCCGUUGGAGGAUGUUGAUAACUAUUUAGAACGAGUUCGAACAAAAUUAUCAAGCGGAUUAUUCUUACCUGAUGGAGUUGAUCAAACUUUGCAAAACUUUGAAGAAUUUGGGGAUUGGAUAACAGAUGAUGCGAUUAUUGUAGUUUGUGAUGAACAAAAAAUGGAUAAAAAUGAGUUUAUAAAAUAUAUGAGUACUAGAUAUCAUCAUAUUCGAAAAUAUUCGAACAAUCAAUUUGAUCAUGUAAAAAAUAAUCAAGAUUUUGAAAUAACUUUCUCUACGACUUGGACAGCAGACAAUACUACACAAUUCCGGGACACAUAUAUUUUCCGGGUUAAAAAGGCAGAAGAUUAUUUCCCGGAAAAUGAUCGUUUGUACCUUCUAUGGAAAAUUUACUGGGUUACAAAGAGAUGCACUGUAGAUGUGACACAGUACCCUGCAGUUCUAGAUGGAUCUGUCAUACUGGGAGAAGUGAAUAAAAGAUUUUGUGGAAUGAUUGAUGGUGAAAAUUGGGAUGUGUAUCAAUCAUUCUUGGACCUAUUUGAUCCAAAUGAUACUAAAUGGGGCUCUUGUGUUGGAAAAAGAGAGCAGAAAUAUGAUAAAAUCCGUGAAUACAUGAAUAAAGUGGUUGCAAGGUAUGCAAAAUGUGUAGUCUCUGAAGUUAGAAUUCGUAACCUCGUGCAUGCUGAUUUCUCAACAACGUUUCUUCUCAGUCGAGCAAAUGAAAUUCAGGAGCAAGAGGAGUUGGAUGUGGGAUUUGUUGGAUACAAGAAUAAAAAUGGACAUUGGAAAAUUAAUCGAAUGUAUUUUGAAUGUGAAGAGAGCAAAAAGAGAAAGUUUAUGGAUAAUCUUUUAAAUGUUCGUCUUAAAUGUUGA